GCAUACAUACGCGUGACGUAAUCACGUUGCCUUCACGUUGAUGACGCGCGGCGCGCACACACGACGUUUACGAAAAGGUACACACAGCGGCAGCAAUUACUAACGGUUUUUUGUGUAAAAUAAGACCCAACAAGCAUCGUUUAAAUACGAAUUCCCUUUCAAUUUAAGCGUGGGAAUCGACACCUAAGGAUCAAGAUGUCGUACAUGCUACCACAUCUCCACAAUGGCUGGCAGGUCGACCAAGCCAUCCUGUCUGAAGAGGACCGGGUGCUGGUGAUCCGCUUCGGACACGACUGGGACCCGACCUGCAUGAAGAUGGACGAGGUUCUCUACAGCAUUGCAGAAAAGGUGAAGAAUUUUGCCGUCAUCUACCUGGUGGACAUCACAGAAGUGCCCGACUUCAACAAGAUGUACGAGUUGUACGACCCUUGCACCGUCAUGUUCUUCUUUAGGAACAAACACAUCAUGAUUGAUUUGGGCACCGGCAACAACAACAAGAUUAACUGGACGAUGGAGGACAAGCAGGAGAUGAUUGACAUUGUGGAAACAGUUUACCGUGGAGCGAGAAAAGGACGAGGUCUGGUGGUGUCUCCCAAGGAUUACUCUACAAAAUAUAGAUACUAAUUUUUACUUUUUCCACCUUUUUGGAUGUUUUUUUUGUUGACAUGACACAGAGACUACAUUUAUGGAAGAACAUUUUUUUUCCGCCAGUGAAACGAGACAACAUUCUUGUUAAUGAUCAUGUUUGUGCUGAAUUGUGUCAUCCAUGUUUGUUGAGUGUACAUUGUUGAGUUAUUCAAUUUCUUCAACAAUAAACGUGUUUUUUCGUAAA